AUGUCACAGCCAAUCUAUGUCAACGAGGUUUUCUCGUUCUCAUCACAGAACAUGGACCCGAAGUUCGCCGUCCCAGCCAACGCAGCCAUUUCCAAGGAUAAGUACCUCUGCGUUCGUGAGGAAAACGGUGCUGACUCCAGUGUCGCCAUUAUCGACCUCCAGCAGGGCAAUCAAGUCACAAGACAUAAAAUGAGUGCUGACGCAGCCGUCAUGCACCCAUCUCGCAUGGUUAUUGCUCUUCGUGGAAACAAUGCUCUUCAAGUUUUCGAUCUUAACACACGCCAACGCCUGAAAUCAUUCAGUGUCCCAGACGGCACACAAGUUACAUACUGGAAGUUCAUUGAUGAUGAUAUUCUUAUGUUUGUUGCAGGAAACGCAGUUUUCCAUUGGAGCAUGAGCUCAAACACCAACCCAGUCCCAGCAUUCCAGCUUCUUCCACAACUCCAGUCCGCACAGAUCAUGGGCUACUCCAUUUCCCAGGACAAGAACUGGUUCUGCCUCUCCGGUCUCGUUCAGGAGAACAAUGCUAUCGUUGGAAAGCUCCAGCUCUACUCUCGUGAGCGCAAUGUCUCACAGGCUAUCGAUGCUUACAACGGCGUCUUCGCAAACGUCGGAAAUCUCCAACUUCUCGCUUUCGCCUCAAAGGCCGGCCAGAUGAGACUCAACAUCUUCCCACUUGGUGCUUCCUCAGAAGCCCAGGCUUUCGGCAAGAAGUUCGCUGAUCUCCAGGCUCCUCCGGAUGCUCAGGACGAUAUCCCACUCCAUAUCCUCUUCUCACCGAAGUACAACUCCGUCUUCAUGAUCACACGUGGAGGCCUUCUUUACAUGAUGGAAAUCGAGAGCGCUUCUGUCUACCUUUCAGUCCGUAUCUCACAAUCCCCACAGAUCCUUGCAUCCCUUACAGCCAACGGUGGCAUCCUCUCUCUCGGCAGAGAUGGUCGCCUCGUCAACAUCGCCAUCAACAACGAUUCAAUCGUUGACUACAUUUCUCAGCGCUCAUCUCCACAAGUCGCUGCCAAGGUUGCUGCCAACGCCGGCAUCCACAUGUCCAACGAUUUCAUCACACAGCAGUUCGAUCAGCUCCUUCUCCAGGGCAAUUUCCAGGAAGCUGCUCGUGUUGCUGCUACAACACCAGGCGAUGCUCUCCGUGGUGCUGCCACAAUCUCCAAGUUACAGAGAUUACCAACACAGCCAGAAGGCCAUCCACCGCUUCUCCAGUACUUGUCCGCUCUUAUUACACAGACAAAGCUCACAGAAGUCGAAUCUGUUGAGUUCUGCCGCAUUGUCAUCAACAUGGGCAAGGCCAACCUCAUCCAGAACUGGAUCAAGAACGACAGCCUCACACCAUCAGAGAACUUAGGUGAUGUUUGCAAGCAAGCUGAUCCAAUCACAGCCGCCGCCAUCUACAUCCGCGCUGGUGCACACGCAAAGGUCUGCGCCACAUUCGCUGAGAUGGGCUCAUUCGACAAGAUCGCACAGUACUGCCAGCAGUACAACUACACAUGCGACUGGCUCCAGAUCAUCACACUCAUCGCCCGCUCCAACCCAGAAGGACUUGCCCAGCUCCUCAAUUUCGUUGCUAAUAACGGCCAACCACUUGUCAACGCCAUGCAAGUUGUCACAAUCCUUCAGCAGUUCUCUCUCUUCACACAGGCUGCUUCAUUCCUUGUAUCCGUUCUUGUCCAGAACCGUGAGGAAGAUUCCGAUCUCCAGACACUUCUCUUCGAGAUCACAUUGACCAACAUCCCACGUGUUGCUGAAGAACUCUUCGCCAAGGAAUGCUACACAUUCUACGACCGCCAGAAGGUUGCCAACCUCUGCGAACGUGCAGGCAACUUCCAGCGCGCUCUCGAGCACUACACAGACCUUCCAUCCAUCAAGCGCUGCAUCGUCAACACACAGUCAAUCAACCCAGACUUCUUAGUCCAGUACUUCGCAACAAUGGAUCCAAAGUGGGUCAUGGAGUGCCUCCAGGAACUUCUCACAAACAACCAGCAACAGAACGUCCAACUCGUCGUCAAGGUCGCUGGCACAUACUACGACAAGCUCGGCAUCGACACACUCCUUGCAUUGUUCAACAAGACAAAGGCUACACAGGCUAUCUACUACUUCUUAGCUCUUGUCGUUACAACAUGCACAGAUCCAGAUAUCCACUUCCGCUACAUCGAGGCUGCAACAAAGCUUCAGGACUACAGCGAAGUUGAGAGAAUGUGCCGUGAGUCAGAAUACCUCCAGCCAGAGCGUGUUCGUGACUUCCUCAUGCAGGCUGAUCUCCCAGACCGCGUCCCACUCAUCGUUCUCUGCAACAGAUUCGGAUUCGCAGAAGACCUCACAAAGUACCUCUACAAGAAGAAUGCUUCCCGCGAACUCGAAAUCUACAUCCAGAAGUUCAACCCAGCCAUGGCCGGCCGUGUCAUCGGUGCCCUCAUCGAUAUCGAAGCUCCACAGGAGUACAUCGUCAAGUUGAUCAACUCCGUCCAGCACACAGCACCAAUGGAGGAGCUCAUCAAGGAGACAAUGAAGCGCGAGAGACUGCGCCUUCUCCAACAGAUCCUCGAACAGCGCCAGGCUUCUGGUUCUGUCGAUCCAGCCACAAACAACGGUAUCGUUCUCCUCGCCUACAACAUGGGCCGCAACCCAGAACGCGCCCUCCGCGAGAACCAGUACUACGAUCCAAAGUUUGUCGGUGAGAUCCUUGCCAAGCGCGAUGCCCACCUCGCAUGCAUUGCCUACGCCAAGGGCCAGUGCGAUGACGAACUCAUCGAGCUCACAAACACACACCAGCUCUACAAGGAACAGGCCAGAUACCUCGUCAACAGACAGGAUGAGAACCUCUGGGCACGUGUUCUCAACCCAGAGAACCCACACAUGAAGUUGGUUGUCGAUGCUGUCAUUUCCACAGCUCUUCCAGAGUGCGAAGACCCAGACAAGGUCUCAAUGACAGUCAAGGCAUUCAUCACCGCCGACAUCCCAGCACAGCUCCUCGGCCUUCUCGAGAAAGUCGUCAUGGAGUCUCCACAGUUCAAGGAGAACGUUUCCCUCCAGAACUUGCUCAUCCUCACAGCUGCUCAGUCAGACACAACACGCGUCAUGAACUACGUCCAGCGCCUCAACCACUACACAUGGGAAAAGAUUGCUGAGAAGCUCAUCGACUUCCAGCUCUACGAUGAAACAAUCGCUGUCUACAAGAAGUACGAACAGCCAGUCCUCGCCGUCAAGGUCAUGCUCGACAACAAGGGCGAUCUCCAAGGCGCUGCUGACUGGGCCGCCCACUGCGACGAUCCAAACGUUUGGGGCGAAGUCGCUCGUGCUCAGCUCGCUGCCGGCGAAGUUGUCAACUCCAUCGAGUCCUUCAUCAAGUCAAAGGACACAAAGGAGUACUACGCCGUCAUCGAGGCCGCUGAGAAGGCUGAAGAGUACAAGGCUCUUGUUCCAUACCUUCAGCUCGCUCGCUCCAACCAGAUCGGUGAUCCAAUCAUCGAGACAGAGCUUCUCUUCGCUUACGCCAAGGUUGACAUGCUCGGCGAGUUAGAGGAACUCGUUUCUUCUCCAAACUCCGCCCGCACAAAGGAAAUCGCCGACCGCUGCUUCGAUCAACAGCUCUUCAAGGCCGCAAAGAUCUUGUACACAGCAGUCAAGGACUACGCCCGCCUCGCAGAGACACUCAUCGAACUCAAGGAACUCCAGGCCGCCAUCGACGCUGCACGCAAGGCAUCAUCCACAAAGUCAUGGAUGGCUGUACUCCGCGCUUGCAUCGAAAUCGGAGACUUCAAGCUCGCCCAGGUCGCUGGCUUACAGAUCGUCAUCGAAGCCGAUCACCUUCUUGAGGUCAUCAAGUUGUACGAAGACGGUGGCUACUUCACACAGGUCAUUGGCUUACUUGAAGCAGCUCUCGGCUUAGAGCGCGCACACGGCGGCAUCUUCACAGAGCUUGCCGUUCUCUACGCCAAGCACCAGCCAGAGAAGUGCAUGGACCACCUCAAGCAGUUCAACCAGCGCAUCGCCCUUUUCAAGGUCAUCAAGAUCCUCCAGGCCAUGCACAUGUGGAAGGAACUCACAUACGCCUACGACAAGUAUUCCGAGUUCGACAACGCCGUCACAACAAUCAUCGAGCACCCAUCUGCUGCAUGGACACACAACUACUUCAAGGAACUCGUCGCUCAGGUCUCCAACGCAGAUAUCCUCUACAGAUCACUCAACUUCUACCUCACAAUCUCUCCAAUGGAUAUCCCAGACUUGUUGCAGACAAUCGGUCCAAAGAUCGACUCAACAAGACUUGUCGACAUGUUCAAGCGCUCCAACAACCUCCAGCUCAUCAAGUCAUACCUCGCUUCCAUCCAGUCCACAAACGUCCAGGCUGUCAACGAGGCCCUCAACAGAAUGUACAUCGAGGACGGCGACUACGACUCACUCAGACGCUCAAUCGAUGCAUUCACACUCUUCGAACAGAUCACAUUGGCACGCGAGUUAGAGCACCACGAAUGCUUGGAAUUCCGCAGAAUCUCAUCCUACAUCUUCAGAAAGAACCAGAGAUGGAACGAGUCUAUCUCCAUCUCCAAGAAGGACGAGUUCUACAGAGAUGCAAUCGAGACAGCUGCUCAGUCCAAGGACACAAAGAUCGCCGAAGAUCUCAUCAAGUUCUUCCUCGAGAAGAAGCUCCUCGAAUGCUUCGCCGCUGCCACAUACGUCUGCUACGACCUCCUCUCAUCUGAUGUCAUCCUUGAACUCGCAUGGAGACACAACUGCACAGACUUCGCAAUGCCAUUCCUCAUACAGUCAAUGAGAGACCAGAACGCUGCCAUCGCCAAGCUCCAGGCUGAUGUCCAGGCUCUCUCUGGCACAGUUGAGGAGACAAAGACAGUCGCUGCUGCAGCUGCUAACGCUUCUGUUGCUCCACCAGCAUUCGACGGCGGAUUCCCAGACCAAGGCGCUUCCUUCGCUGCCUCUGCUGAUCCAUUCGCUGCUGCCGGUGCUCCAGCUUCAUUCGCUGCUCCACAGUUCCCAGAUCAGUCAGGAUUCGCUGCUUCCCAGGGCGGAUUCCAGCCACAGUUCCAGGGUGGUUUCUAA